GUUACCGGUUAAUUCAAUCAGGCAGUAAACCAGCCGUAAGGAAUAUGUACCACCCAUUUAAAGCCAAAGCGCAUCGCGAGAGUGAGGACGUAAUAGACUGUUGCAUAUUAUGCAGCGAGCAGCUGCUGGGAUCCGGUUAGUUUGAUUUAAUGGCUAAAGUGGAGAUCGCUCCUUUGAGAAGCUGGGAUGAUUUCUACCCAGGCUCAGAGCGCUUCGCCAAACCAGACACGCGAGAUCUGGCGAAAUGGAACAACAGAGUGGUCAGCAACCUGCUGUACUAUCAAACAAACUAUCUGGUGUUGGCAAUCAUUGUAUUCCUGAUUGUAGGGUUCUUGAACCCUGUGAGCAUGUUCACGGGUGCAGCAGUGGUCGCUUCGGUCUUCAUUGGCUCUGUAUGGGCAGGGGAGAACAAGGCGAUCAUCAAAACAUUCAAGGAGGAGAACCCUACUCUGUUUGUGUUCUUGGUGAUGGUUGUGAGCUACUUCCUCGUGUCACUCUUCGGUGGAGUUCUGGUGCUCCUGCUUGGAAUCAAGCUGCCUCUUCUCUUGAUCUUUGCACAUGCAUCGCUUCGCCUACGGAACAUGAAAAACAAACUGGAGAAUAAGAUGGAGAGUGCCGGACUCAAGAAAUCGCCCAUGGGAAUCAUACUUGAAGCACUGGGUCAACAAGAAGAGAACCUCAAUAAAAUUCAAGACUUUCUAGAGAGCAAACUCAAGGAGUGAACUUUUACUGAGCCUCUCUCCCAUACAAGAAGGAACUGCUUUCAUCUGGCACAGUUUCAGAAAACUACUCCGUUUAUUCCAACAUCUUUAAUAGACAAAACAAAAAGUAUUUUUCUUAGUGUUUUUUCUAUUAUUAUUAUGGAAUGAACUAAUUGUAUUGAACAUAAGAGUGUUUUAUAAUGUUUGUUUACGUCUCGGGUCAAACGUAAGAGGAUGCGAUUCAAAACGUCUUCCAAAGAUUUCUCUAUGACCUGUAGGGAAAUGUGUCAUAUGUGCAUAUUUCAAGUGAUAGUGUUUUUCUCUCCCAAAAUACAUUUAUUCAUAUAUUAAGACAGUUCAUAAUAUAACAUGACAAGAUGUCAUCAGGUUUAGAGAUUGUCAAAUGUUCUGCAGUGCGAUAACUGGAAUUCUGUGGCAACUGGGAACAUGGUUUAUUGCUCUUGUCACCUAUUAGGUAAAAUAACUCCCAAGUUGAAUUUCCUGUGAUGCAGCUAUCAACCUUGUUUUGCGGAAGUAAGUUUUGCUUUUUGUGUUACAAACCAGUGUGUUUAUGAUUAUGAUGAAGUAGAAUAAUAUAAUAACAAAUAUGUUUUCAGUAUGCAGUGGCAUAACGGACUGACAAGUAAAAUAACUGGACAUGAAUGACACCAGGAGCCUCACACAUUCAGCUUCUAAAUGGCAGCACCCGCUAUUGCUAUUCCGUUCAAAAUAAGGUGGAUGAUCUUAAUUCUAUGCAGAAUGUGUUAAUAAAGUCA